UUUUCUCUGCUUCAUACUAAUGUGACCUGAUGCAGGGUUUUAUUAUCAUGAAAUAAAGAGUUUAUAGCGAAAAUCUUGUGUGAUUUCUUUCGUGAAACGUUCAUACGGACUUGGACACCCAAUCACACUCUGCCUAGUGCCACACGUAUACGACUUACCCUCUGCACGAAGAACUUGUCGUCUUUACGGUGGUUGUUGAGUGGUAUUCGAUAUUAAAUUGAUCAUUAAGCUGACAGGCUUUACUGUUACGAUUACUGAACUUAAAGCGAAUCAAACGAAAGCAUCAUUUGGAGGAAAAUGUCAAAAAUCGAAGAAGGAAAUGCUCAUAUACGGCAAGCUGAGAAAAGCUCAAAAACAACCUUGUUAAAAUGGAGACCCGAUUUCGAAGUCGCGGCCGAAGAGUAUACUAGUGCUGCAACCUGCUUUAGAAUAGCAAAGUCCUACCAACAAUGUAAAAAUUGUUUGAUGAAAGCUUCCGACUGUUAUAAAGAAAACAAAGCAUGGUUUCAUGCUGCGAAGAGCAUCGAACAGGCUGUGAUAAUUUGCAAAGAAAUGGGAAACCUUGCGGAAGUGCCAAAGUUGGCGCACAGUGCGUGUUCUCUUUAUCAGAUGCACGGAUCACCCGAAUCAGGCGCAUCUGUACUCGAUAAAGCAGGAAAGAUAAUGGAAGCCACUCAGCCGCAAGAGGCACUAGAAUUGUUCAAACGCGCUGCUAGCAUCGUUAUGGGUGAAGAUAGUCCGCCACAAGCAGCAGAAUAUAUGAGCAAAGUGGCUAGAUUAUUAGUAAAAUUACAGAUGUACGACGAGGCAGCAGAUGCUAUCCGCAGAGAAAUUGGAAUGCAUCAACAGAUAGAUCAUGUAGCUUCCGUGGGAAGACUAACAGUGGCAUUAGUAUUGGUACAGUUAGCUCGAGGUGAUCAAGUGGCUGCGGAGAAAGCUUUCAAAGAAUGGGGGAAUUACUGCGAACCAACCGAGAUACAUACGUUAGAAAUGUUAUUACAAGCAUACGAUAAUGAGGAUGCAGACGCUGCUAAAGCAGCUUUAAAUGAUUCUUUUAUUAAACACAUGGAUGUCGAGUACGCUAAACUUGCUAGAGCUAUACCUCUACCGCAGCAAGAGUAUGCAGUACAGCCACCAGGAGUAAGAGCAAAUGCAGCUGAUUCGUAUACAUCUCCUAAUGCGUCAAAAUUAAUUGAUGGAACUACAAACGAAGUACAAAGUACAAGUGGCAGAGUAUCCGAAGAUACAAUUCAGAAACCAUCGGAAGAAAGAACUCAAAAAGAUCAAGAACAAUCAGCAGCGCCUUCGCAGAGUACAGGAAACGAUGAAGAUGACUAUGAAGGCGGAUUAUGUUAAACACGCAUAUUCAUUAAAUUGCAUAAUUUAUGUCUCUAGGCGAAUACGAAGUUUAUUUUAUGACAGGUAUUAUAUCGUGUUAAUCCAGAGAUACGUAUUUAAUGCCUAAAAAAUAUUCCUUGCAAGCAUGCUUAUGCCUGUAAUAUAAUUGUAAAUCUUAAACUUGUUAAGUAAGUCGAUGCACUCUUACUGGCUUGAUAAAAGAGAUUUUGAAGUUCUCGUGGAAGAUUAUAUACAGAAUAUUUUAUUCUUCUAAGUAUUUCCGAAGAUACGAUACUCGUGGAAAAACUUUAUUCAUUUAAAGCUACAAAUAUACUAAACAUUUUGGAUAUAGUUCAUUGUGUAUAUUCUAAAUAAUGAAAAGAAUACUAUAGAAAAGAGUAAAUAUAUAACGUACAUGUAUUUAUGUUCAAACUACUUGAUAUUGAUAUUUAUUUAUUUAUUUAUUUAUUUAACGGAUA